UACCGAGCAUGCCAAGCGCGGAACUACCACUGGUAUAGCCACUGUCAACACCUGAAAUGGAGAUACCACCGCGCUCGGAAACACCACGGCCUCGAAAUCGCAAACCCGAUUCGAGGCACACGCUAUCAUGCACUCCCAAACGUACGGGACGGCAGCGGAGCCUGACUGAAGUCCUCUUUUCUAUGGAGCUCAUGCAAAAUAACACAGCUGUCCUGAUGACAGACCUCGAACCAACAUGGGUUUCUCAAAACGAAGCCGAUGGUGAUCGUGAUGUGGGAAAGACAUAUGCCACGAUCAAGACGACAAUGGACAGAUUGCAGCACAUCGAGGGCCUUUACGUGGAAGGCCACGGAAUCAACCCAGACAGUCGCGACAACAUCAACGAGCUCAAGCGCAAAAUCCGCGAUGGCACUGGUCCAGAGGGCGGCAAUAAAGCUUGGGAUGGCGUCGUGCUGGGCCACAGAAUACGAUGCGACCUCCCAAUGACACUGCUGUUCGAAGAACUCGUCAACUUCGUCCAUGAAACACUACCUGGCGUCAAGCUGUUGUUCCCUAGCAACGACGAGGAUCACGCAGAAGUCAUUCGGAGACAUCUACACAUCGGAUACGAAAGGAUACCCCUCACCAAGACCGCGCUGGAGGCGAUGAAUCGUGGGAGGUAG